AUGUCUCUUACCCUCAAGAACUUUGUCCAAAACUCCAAGGUCCUCAGCGGUUUGUUUGCUCCUGCUGCUCAAUUCUACGCCAACGCUGCUGGUUACAGACAAAUCGGUCUUCGUUAUGACGAUUUGAUUUCCGAGGAGAACGAACUUGUUCAAGAAGCUCUUCGUCGUCUUGAGAUUGCCGAGCCUCGCGAAAUGUACGACCGUGCUUAUCGUAUCCGUGUUGCCCAACAGUGCUCUUUGACCCACUCUCUUCUCCCCAAGAACCAAUGGGUCACUGCUGAAACUGACAAGAGAUACCUUCGACCUUACAUUGAUGAAGUUGCCGCCGAGUUUGCUGAACGUGGUGAUUUCGACAACAUCAAGGUCACUCCCCGUCAUUAA